AUGUGUAACUUUCAUGUAGCGCUGAUUCUGAAUAAGCUGUCAAGCGAUAGUAUCUUAAUCCAGAAAUAUGCGAGUAUUGUGAGUGUAUCAGCAAUAGAAAGUGACAGAGUCAAGGAAUAUAUAUUGAUGAAGAAUGCUAAAGAGAAGUAG